AUGUUCAAGCUCUCGGAGCUGGUGCGCUGGCUGGGGCUCACCGAGUUCGAGAUCCUGGUCAACCUGUGCGGCCUGCUGGUGUUCACCAUCACGCUGGCCGUCAAGCUCCAUCUGCAGGCCAGGGCCGGACCCGGCGGCAUCCUUCCGGAGCCCAUGGGCGACUGGUUCACCGUCUUCAGCCCCCUGUUCUUCAUCGACAUAUGCAACGCGUACUUCUGCGUCAUCGUAGGCAUCCGCAUGUACCUGGACUCCAACAACAAGCGCAAAGCCCUGCACCGCUUCAUGUGGAGCACGUAUUUCCUGGUGCUCAUCGCCAUCUUCAAGUACCUGCUCUGUCUGAAGCUCUCCAGCAAGACGGGCCUCGAGUACUCGGAGGUCUUCUCGCCGAUCUUCGUCCUACUGCAGCUCGUGGCGGUGCGUGCCUGCCAGUUGCCCAACUCCAUCUAAACCAUAGAUGUAGUAUAGCCCUAGUUCGAUAUGAUACAUACAAAUAUUCUGAUCUGAUACGCUGGUGGAAGCCGUUUAAUCAUUGGGAGUUGCAUGGAUUAGUAUUUAUCUGUAUACGCAAUGUGGUACAAUAAUAUUUAAGCCGUACGAACUUUAUGUUUCUGAUAUAGCAUAUCCAAUAUAUAAAUAUUGUGUCUGA